AUGGAGAUUAACGUUCCGAACUUGAACGUAGAAGAGCUAGCGGCGUACGCUACUGCUAAGAGCCAGGCAGGAGUCUCAGACGAAGAGAUCCUGCGCGAAAUUACACAGAUGCUGAGAGAGGACGGAUGGAAGGAGGCAGCGGUCGGGCCAACAAUUGAAGCGGUUGUCAAACGAUCAUCAGUCGUGGGAGGGAAAGGCUCGCUAAGACGAGGAGACUCGCCGAAGGGCAAUCAGGACGCUAUGGCCCAGAUGAUGCAGCAGAUGAUGCGACUGCUUAGCCCGAUAGCUAGUCGUCUGGAAGCACUCGAGCGGAGUCAAGCUGAAGGACGCUCAGAGCCGUCCUUAGGAGCCAACACCCCUCCGCCACUGUCGACACCAGUCGCCGAGCCAGCUGUCCGCAAGAACAAGUUUCCCGACCUAGAGCGCUUUGACAGGACACGAGGUAACUACCUAGGCUAG